AGAACACGUUGCAGCUCUGCAUUCAUUUCUUCAUUGUCUGUGGGACUUUUUAUUGUUUCUUUACUUUUGGAACCAAACUAACCAUUAAAUAUUUACUCCUGUUACCUUGAGAUACAAUUCAACUGCAGGGUGAAAGGGAGGAACAUUGGAACAACCAAAAGGUAUGAACUGCUGUUAGUUACCAAGGAGAAACCCAUCUGACAAACAACAACAAGACGAGAGACUCCAUUCUGUUUACAGCGUUCAUAAGGGUUUUACUGUAUCAAACCAACGUCCUACAGAGAUCCACCGGAAGCAAACUAUUCUGACAAUUAUCUCAGUAAAUUUGACUAACGUUGGAAGAGAUGAGAUCAAUGUUUUCCCACCCUGCCGUCCUGUUCCUGUGGAUUCAGAGUUCUAGUGGAUGGAUGCAUCCUAAAUGCCAGAUUUAUGACAGUGGUGAAGACUUGGGACACUUUCCCACCUGGAUCUGCAGCCACAUACCUCAUUAUACAGAAGGUUACACUGCUGCCUGUCAAGAUGUCACAGCCAUCGAGGAGGAUCUACUUGGACUUCCCCCUAAUAUCAAUACCCUCUGCAUAUACAUGACACAUGGUGAAAAUAGAUCCAUGUCUCUGGGCUUUUUCUCUCAGUUUCAGGAUCUGGAGUACCUGUACAUUAAGGGCUGUUUUACUCAAAUCCUUCCAACUGGGAACAGUCACCUUCCAAAUCUGCAGUAUUUACAUUUGGAUGGAUUGGGCUCUGGGUGCUGUGAGUGUCAUUUUGGGCCUCAUACAUUCAGAGAUCUCGUCAAGCUGAGUCACUUGACCAUAUGGGGUUAUCGACUGUCAGCAAUGGCCCCAGAUGUUUUCCAUGACAUUCCUCUGUUACAAAGUCUCAUCAUUAUUGAACCCUGUGUAGAUGAUUUGUCAGAGAUACAAUGCAGAAUAAUGAAUAUAAAGUCACUUAUAGAGCUAAAUAUAGAAGCACCAGAGAUACAAUCGUUAAACCAAUCAAACUGCUCCAUUUUAAUAACCAACGAAAGCAUGAAACCUCUUUUUAACAAUCUAGAAUUCUCUGACUUCUCAUUUGGUGAAAUAACACAUAUAGAGGAAGGUUCACUGGCUUGGCUCCAGAACCUCACAAGGUUAACAGGGGUUUUCAGCCAGGAAGUCCUACUGCACCUUCCCCUGUCUGGGAUUCAGCAGAUACAGUACUUCAGUUGCUCUGGUAGCAAUGAAAUAGAUAUUGAAAGUAUCUGUAAUGUAGUGAUUUUGUUUUCAAUCAAGAGAUUAUAUUUAUACAAUGCCAAUACAAGCAGCCUCUCUAUGCCCAGUGUUGAAUUAUGCACUGGGCUAGAAUAUAUGCAUUUAAGUGGACCUUUGUCUUUCCAUCCUACUACUCAUUUGGAUUGGCAUUUUAUUUCCAGUCUAAAAAACCUUAACCAAUUAAAAAUAGACGGCCUGGAAGACAACAGACUUGAUAUUUGCUCCUUCCAAGAACAACCAGUAAAAUGGUUAACAAAACUGACUUUAGAGUUGAACAAUAUACAGAUGCUUUUUGCUAAACAAUUUAUCUGUCUUGUUAACCUACAGUAUUUAGAUUUAGCAGCUAAUUCAAUUUCAAACGUUGAAGACUUUGCUUUCCUGGGAUUGACAAAUCUGGACUCCUUAGACAUUUCAAGAAAUAAGAUAACACAGAUAAAUGCAAACACAUUUUAUGGUUUACAACUGACAAAACUGACUUUAAGGUUGAACAAGCUACAAAUGCUUUUUGCUAAACAAUUUAGCUGUCUUGUUAAGCUGCAGUAUCUGGAUAUAAAACAGAAUUUAAUUUCAAACAUUGAAGACUUUGCUUUCCUGGGAUUGACAAAUCUGGCGUCCUUGGACAUUACAAGUAAUAAGAUAACACAGAUAAAUGCAAACACAUUUUAUGGUUUACAUAGUUUGACAUGGUUAGACCUCAGGAACAAUCCAUUUAUUCACAACAUUGAGGCGAUGUCUUUCACACACCUCACGUCUCUUAGACAAGUGUUUCUCGGGCAAGUGCACAACCCACUAACAGAACCUGUGAUCAAGAUGAAUCUGACACUUAUAUUUGGAGGAAUUCUGAGUCAACUGACUCAUCUGUACAUUAGUUCAGCUAUGAGGCCGAUGCAGUUGACUAUCGGCAGUAACAUCACAUCUAAACAGAACCUGAGUCUCCAGCUCAAAGGCCAGACGGUGUCAUUUCAGGACUGUGACAGACCUUUCUUUCAGUCUGUAACCCAUCUUCAUGCUGAUGCUGAAGAAUUCCUUUGUGGAUCUGAAUUCAUGGGAAAGUACUUCACGUCUGUGGAGACAUUUGACUACAGAUCGAAGCUUUCAGCUAAAAGGGUUGAUUUAACAUCAAUGAAUCAUCUGAUUCACCUGAGGAAACUGACUCUACGACAGGUGGAUCUUUUAACACAGCGUUCUGCCGACAUCAUUUUUCACAACUUGACCAAACUGGAGGUUCUGGAAAUGUACAACUGCAGGAUUUAUUCUUUGGAGGGGAGUUUAACUAAAGACUUGAAAUCUUUGAAAACGGUGUAUCUGCAGAUAGAGAACAUUUAUAAUGUAUUCUACAGCUUUACUGAACCUCUCUCUAGUCUUAAGUAUUUGAUACUUCCUCAGAUCCAGAUCUUUUGCAGUUGUGACAAUGCUUGGCUCAUUACAUGGGCAAAGGGGUACAGGCAGGUUGAAGUGAUCAUGCUUACUCCGUAUACUAGUCCCGUUAUGUAUGCUUUGGAGGACUUGAUAUGCUUGUCGGACAAUGGAAUAGACACACCUAAUUUUGUCGGGUACACAGAAGCCAACUGCACAACAGAGGUUGGCUUUGUGCUCUUUGCUGCGACUGGCCUGGGAGUCCUGUUCUUCAUGCUUGUGGUGUUGGUCCAUAACCUGGCCGGCCCCUACCUCCUCCCCCUCUACCACAUCACCCUUGGCUGGCUGUUAGAAGCCAUGCGAUCCAACACCAGGGGGCGCUACCACUACGAUGCGUUUGUCUCCUAUAGCGGGAAGGACGAGCGCUGGGUGGUGGAGGAGCUGCUUCCCAAUCUGGAGCAGAGGGGUCCUCCUUUCCUGCGCCUCUGUCUGCACAGCAGGGACUUCCAGCUGGGGAAGGACAUUGUGGAGAACAUCACAGACAGCCUCUACCGGAGCCGACACACCCUCUGCCUAGUCAGCCGCCACUACCUACGCAGUAACUGGUGCUCUCUGGAGAUGAAGCUGGCCACCUACAGGCUGCAGGUGGAGCAAAGGGACAUCCUCCUCCUGGUCUUCCUGGAGAAGAUCCCCCCUCGCCGGCUGUCUGCCCACCACAGGCUGGCUCGCCUGCUGAAAACCAGGACUUAUCUGGACUGGCCCCAGGACCCCCUUCAGCACCAGGCAUUCUGGGACAGACUGUGGGCUAAACUGAAACCUCAGACUGAGCAUGAGAUCAGCGGUUGAUGUAGAACCUUGUGGACUGAAGCAUGAGAUCAGAGGUUAAUGUUGAACCUUGUGGACUGAAGCAUGAGAUCAGAGGUUGAUGUUGAACCUUGUGGACUGAAGCAUGAGAUCAGAGGUUGAUGUUGAACCUUGUGGACUGAAGCAUGAGAUCAGAGGUUGAUGUUGAACCUUGUGGACUGAAGCAUGAGAUCAGAGGUUGAUGUUGAACCUUGUGGACUGAAGCAUGAGAUCAGAGGUUGAUGUUGAACCUUGUGGACUGAAGCAUGAGAUCAGAGGUUGAUGUAGAAUCUUGUGUAUAGAAAUGUGACUUCAGAGGUUGAUGUAGGACUGUGUAGACUGAAUUGUGUCUUCAGAGGUUGAUGUAGAACCUUGUAGACUGAAAUGUGACAUCGGAGGUUGAUGUAGAACCUUGUGGACUGAAAUGUAACAUCAUAAGUUGAUGUUGAACCUUGUGGACUGAAAUGUGACAUCAGAGGUUGAUGUAGAACCUUGUGUUAUUGCAGAUGCAAUGUUGACUCAUAUGUUGAGCUGUUGAAUUUGUUGUUAAAAGUCCUCCGUACAAAAUGUCUACCACUGUUUGAAAUUUGUUUUGUCAAUUCCUUUUAAAUGCUCUGUCUGGAGUGUACGUUUUGUGAUUCAUCUGAAAUUAUGUUUAAUAGCCUUAUUUAAAUUGCUCAUAAAAAAGCCCAAACAAUUUUUAAAUUCCCAAAAUUUUAUCAAAUACUAUUUGUAUUUUUAAACACCUAAUUGCUAACACAUAUCUUUGUUUGUAUAUUUAUUGCUAAGAGGAACUGAAAAGGGGUGUGACUACUGUGUACUGCAGUGAAUGACAAAAUAUAAAUGUCCAAUGACCAUGAAGCAGUUAUUAAUGACUAUACAUGAAUGACCACGAUGCAGAUAUUUUAUUUGAACAUCGAUCGAAGAGAUUUGUACAGAAAUGUAGUUGCUAGUUGUUUAACUAAAUGUUGUUGCAAAUGUUUUAACUAAAUGUGUUUGCUAUUUGUUUACCAAAAUGUAGUUGCAAGUUGUUUAGCUAAAUGUAGUUGCUAGUUGUUUAACUAAAUCUAGUUGCUAGUUGUUUAACUAAUUGUAGUUGCUAGUUGUUAACUAAAUGUAGUUUUUAGUUGUUUAACUAAAGGUCGUUGCUAGUUGUUUAACAUUUUGCUGAUGCUAGUUGUUUA